UAAGGCACACAAAAUAUAUUGUUGUAAACUCGUGAUGAUACAUGCAAUGUAAAAGUACCAGCUUUGGGUAUAAUUUACAGUAUUUGUUCUCAAACUUAAAUCUGGCAAUAUGUUUGACGCCAACUAUGGGUCCUGAAUGAAGACAGUGUUUUUUUCUUUGCCAAGGUUUCUGAAAUUUGGUUUGAAACUCAAUGAAAGAAUGCCUCCAAAAAAUAAGCAGAAGAAAGUGAUACAUCAAGAUGAACUGCGACGGUUAAUGAGAGAGAAACAAAGGCAAACGAUAGAUAAGAAGCGUGUCGAAUCCCCAUAUGCCAAGUACAACAGUCUCGAUCACCUUAGCUGCGUACUCUGCAACGAGCGAGUAAAGAAUGAACUAUUGUGGCAGACUCACAUUCUUGGAAAACAGCACAAGGAGAAACUUUCCGAGCUCAAGGGGUCUAAACAAAGUUCUACAAGUCAAGGACCCCAGCCUCUGCUUAAAAGGAAAGCUUCUGAAGACACGAAUGGGAAGAAGUUUAAACCAGUGGCAGGUACAGAGCAGUUGUCUACGCCAGGGCUACCUGAUGAUUUCUUUGCUAAACCUGCCCCGCCGGGGCCGAAGAAACUACCAGGAAUAUUGAAAAAAACGACAUCUGCUGGGCUGAGUCUUUUGGCCGGAGUCGAUGAUGAAGACCGUGAUGAAGAGGAGGCUGGUGACCAGGGGGCAGAUUCUAGCUUGGGUGUGCAGAAGGGGGCACCUGCCUCAGGACUCCUAUCUGAUUUCUUCGACAACAGCACCAUUCCAGCUGUCCCAGCUGCUUCUCAUUCAGGGUCUAUCCUCAAACCAGAUGAAACUGAGAAGAGUGUGGAGAAGAAGGGAAAUACACCUGAAGCUCUACCAGAAGGCUUCUUUGACGACCCAGUGAGAGAUGCCAAAGUCCGUAAUGUCGAUGCUCCCAAAGAUCAAAUGGAUAAGGAGUGGGAAGAGUUCCAAAAGGAAAUGAGGCAGGUGAACACCAAAUCAGAGGCCAUUGUAGCAGAGGAUGACGAGGAGGGUCGUCUUGAGCGUCAGAUUGAUGAAAUCGAUGAGCAAAUUGAAUGUUACCGGAGGGUUGAGGUAUUGAGAGAUAAGCAAGAUGUGGUGAAGAAGGUUGUGAAGGAGAAAACAGAAGACCAGGAAGACUCCAGCAGAAGUGAUGAGGAUGAAGAAGAGCUGCUCCACUUGUUGUCAAGGGAUUGGAGGGCCAAAGGGGCCCUUGCUUAAAAUUCCCAGGGCAUUUUGACCCUAACUUGAUCAAAAGGUUUCUCCAGAUUAUAAAUAAGAGCGAAGUUGCAUAGGAAGCCACUUCUUUCCUCCCUCCAUGUCAAUGACAAACAUUUGUUGAGGAUAUUGAAUGUCUAUAUAACAUGAUUUUGUGGUAAAUACUGUCAGACUGUCGCACACUUGCGGAAAUACUGUACUAUCAGCAUU